UUUGUGUGUGUGUGUGUGUGUCGACAAUGAAAUUCUUGAUCAACAUUUCUUGUUAUUUACUGUUGUUGGUUGCUAUAAACAGCCAUGUUUAUGCUGCACCAUCUUCAACACCAGAAGACCAGUCGCAACCAAAACAACAACAGCAACCAGCUGCAGCAGCAUCAGCAGCAGAAAUUAUACCAGAUGAAAAAUUAGCUGGUAAAAAUGAUGAUAAAAAUGAUCAAGAUGCAUCAUCGGCAGCUAUACGUAUACCGGUGGAUAAUGCAAAUAAAUUAUUAUAUGAUUUAGAUGCACAAGUACGACAAUUGUUUGAUGAAUCAUCAUUAUUACCGAUAAAAGAAGAAAAAAGUGAAGAUGAUGGUGGCGAAACAGCCGUCGCUGUGGACGAUGUACAAAGCUAUAGUGCAGCUAAUCGUGAAUUAGAUAUUUAUCCACGACAAACUGAAACAAAUGCUCAACAAGCAUCGUUGACAAUACAAUUGGAAAAUUUGGAAAAACGUUUGUUGAGCACCAUAAAUGAACUACAAACUCGUCGCCGUUAUUUUUCAUCAACAAUGUUGAGACAAAUGUAUAAUUCCGUACAUAGAAUUCGUGUCAAUAUAAGCCGUAUACAGAAUCAAUUUUCUGUUGCACAACCAUCACAAUCAUCUGGUUCAUCUGGUGGUGGAAGACCUGGCCAAUCUGGUAUGAUGCAAAAUCUACAACAACGUGUUACUGAUCUACAAAAAGCUGUUAAUGAUAUUAUUAAUCGUGUAACGAGUACAUUUCAAGGACCGAAUGCACCAAAACCAACUGGACAUCAUCAUCAGGCAUUACAAGCGGUUAAUUUUUAAAGAAGAACAAAAAAAAAUCUUACUGACCUAACCAAAAAAAACAAAACAAAACAAAAAACAAAAAAACAAAUGAACAGAUAAACAAAACAGACAAAAUUACUACUCACCAUUUACAUCAUUCAUUCAUCAUCAUCAUCAAAUUAAUUUAUUUCUUCAUUCUAACCCCUUUCUUUCCUUUUUCUAAUUUAUUUCUUUAAAUCAAUUUGGAUCUGUAUAAAAAAAAUGAAUGAAUGAAAAUAUUCCAAAAA